AUGGCUAUCUUCUUUCUUCCUUCUAGUUCUCAUGUUCUUUUUGUUGCAUUCAUGUUGUUUUUUGUCACUAAUAUUUCAGCUCAACCACUUCAACUCAGUGGAACAAACUUUUCAUGCCCGGUGGAUUCACCUCCUUCAUGUGAAACCUAUGUGACAUACUUUGCUCGGUCUCCAAACUUUUUGAGCCUAACUAACAUAUCUGAUAUAUUUGAUAUGAGUCCUUUAUCCAUUGCAAAAGGCAGUAACAUAGAAGACGAGGACAAGAAGCUUGUUGAAGGCCAACUCUUACUAGUGCCUGUAACUUGUGGUUGCACUAGAAAUCACAAUUUUGCGAAUUUUACCUACACAAUCAAGCUAGGUGACAACUAUUUCAUAGUUUCAACCACUUCAUACCAGAAUCUUACAAAUUAUGUGGAAAUGGAAAAUUUCAACCCUAAUCUAAGUCCAAAUCUAUUGCCACCAGAAAUCAAAGUUGUAGUCCCUUUAUUCUGCAAAUGUCCGUCGAAGAAUCAGUUGAGCAAAGGAAUAAAGUAUCUGAUUACUUAUGUGUGGCAGACUAAUGACAAUGUUACCCAUGUAAGUUCCAAGUUUGGUGCAUCACAGGUGGACAUGUUUACUGAAAACGAUCAAAACUUCACUGCUUCAACCAACGUUCCGAUUUUGAUCCCUGUGACAAAGUUACCGGUAAUUGAUCAACCAUCUUCAAAUGGAAGAAAAAACAGCACUCAAAAACCUGCUUUUAUAAUUGGUAUUACCCUAGGAUGUGCUUUUUUCGUUGUAGUUUUAACACUAUCACUUGUUUAUGUAUAUUGUCUGAAAAUUAAGAGAUUGAAUAGGAGUACUUCAUUGGCGGAGACUGCGGAUAAGUUGCUUUCAGGUGUUUCGGGUUACGUAAGCAAGCCAACAAUGUAUGAAAUGGAUGCGAUCAUGGAAGCUACGAUGAACCUGAGUGAGAAUUGUAAGAUUGGUGAAUCAGUUUACAAGGCCAAUAUAGAUGGUAGAGUUUUAGCUGUGAAAAAAAUCAAGAAAGAUGCUUCUGAGGAGCUGAAAAUUCUGCAGAAGGUAAAUCAUGGAAAUCUUGUGAAACUUAUGGGCGUGUCUUCCGACAACGACGGAAACUGUUUCCUUGUUUACGAGUAUGCUGAAAAUGGAUCACUUGAUGAGUGGUUGUUCUCGGAGUUGUCGAAAACUUCGAACUCCGUGGUCUCGCUUACAUGGUCUCAGAGAAUAACAGUAGCAGUGGAUGUUGCAGUUGGUUUGCAAUACAUGCAUGAACAUACUUACCCAAGAAUAAUCCACAGAGACAUCACAACAAGUAAUAUCCUUCUGGAUUCAAACUUUAAGGCCAAGAUAGCGAAUUUUUCAAUGGCUAGAACUUCAACAAAUUCCAUGAUGCCAAAAAUCGAUGUUUUUGCUUUUGGGGUGGUUCUGAUUGAGUUGCUUACCGGCAAGAAAGCGAUAACAACGAAGGAAAGUGGUGAGGUGGUUAUUCUGUGGAAGGAUUUCUGGAAGAUUUUUGAUCUAGAAGGGAAUAGAGAAGAGAGCUUAAGAAAAUGGAUGGAUCCUAAGCUAGAGAAUUUUUAUCCUAUUGAUAAUGCUCUUAGUUUGGCUUCUUUAGCAGUGAAUUGUACUGCAGAUAAAUCAUUGUCAAGACCAAGCAUUGCAGAAAUUGUUCUUUGUCUUUCUCUUCUCAAUCAAUCAUCAUCUGAACCAAUGUUAGAAAGAUCUUUGACAUCUGGUUUAGAUGCUGAAGCUACUCAUGUUGUUACUUCUAUAGUAGCUCGUUGA